AUGUCUCCAUUCCUCCCUAAUUUUGAUGUGUUGUCACCAUCCGUCUACCUACAAAGGUCUUCUUCGCAGCAGUCGAGUUCAAAUGAUCCCGACUAUAUUGUCCUCCUCACAUGGAUGCAUGCGAAAGCUGAGCAUAUUCUGAAAUAUGUGCAGGGCUACUCCAGAUUGUUCCCGACCGCCAGGAUCAUGAUCAUUACGACUACCGCGUCCGAUAUGAUUGUGGUGUCCUUCAGCACUCUACAGCGACGUCUCGAGCCAGCGAUCCAGGUUCUGGCCAGCAGGCCCGAGGCAAAGGUGCUGAUCCAUCUAUUUUCGAACGGCGGUGCCCACAUGACGGCCCAGCUAGCUCUUACAUAUUCCCAGCGUUUUCACAAACCGUUGCCUGUUCAGGCCAUGGUCUUUGACAGUAGCCCUGGACAAGCAACCUGGCAACGUUCCGCCAGGGCACUGAUCGCAGGCUUCCCCAAGCAGCCACUGGCGCGCAUUCUCGUUCGCCAGGAGGCCCGUCGAUGCUACCUCUAUUCGGAAGUGGAUGAGGUGGUGUGGUGGAAAGACGUGGAGGAGCAUGCUAUGCAGGCGGAGCAGAAAGGAUGGGCAAUCCGUCGCGAGAAGUUUCACCGAAGCCCCCAUGCUAUCAAGCCUCUGUUGGGGCUGACCAUAAUGGGAGCGAGCAACGAGGGAAAGCAAGGCUAUGAUAAUGUCAAGAUGUCUCUUGUAUUGUCUAGUUUGUACAAUAUGUAUAACUACUUCUUGUUGAGGGACCACUGGCCGGACAAGAAUUCGCUGAAUUGCAUUCAACAGAGACUCACAAUGGGAAAGCGCGGCAAGAAGUUGUUGCUAAGCCGAAUUCCCCUUCAGCACGGAAAAGGUGGCGGCGGUGGCCAGCGCGGGGAGCGACAAACCUGGCAAGAAAUCGAGAAGACGAACGAGAAAUUUGAAAGAUAUUACAAUGAGCUCGGGAUCGUUCCAGAGGAGGAGAAAGAGGCCUUUUGGGCUGCGUUGAGGAGGGACCUUCCCAACAGCUUUCGCUUUACGGGGUCACGAGGGCAUGCUCUCGCCGUUCAGCAACGUCUCAAGGACUACUACAUCCCAGAAAUCACCUCCAUCACAUAUGAGGGAAACUUCGUCGAGCCGCCACGGCCGAUAUCCUGGUAUCCCGACCAGCUCGCAUGGUCUAUGACAACCCCGAAAAAUGUCAUCAGGCGAUUUGCACCCUUUGCGUCGUUCCAGAAGUUCUUGGUCUCAGAGACCGAGGUGGGCAAUAUCAGUCGCCAGGAGGUCGUCAGCAUGAUCCCCCCUCUUCUGCUGGAUGUCAGACCGGGGAUGACAGUCUUGGAUAUGUGUGCCGCGCCGGGUAGCAAGUCUGCACAAUUGAUGGAGAUGCUCCAUGCUGGAGAAGAAGAAAGAAUGAAGGCAGUCGCCGAGAGGGUAAAGAAUGGUGCUGAUCCAUCGGAUCUGCUGGCAGACGGUUUCGAGGACGAUGGGAGGUCUACAGGCCUUCUCAUCGCCAAUGACAGCGACUAUAAGCGAGCCCACAUGCUUGUCCACCAGAUGAAGCGAUUGAACUCGCCUAAUCUUAUUGUUACGAAUCACGAUGCGACCAUGUAUCCCUCUAUCAAGCUGCCCUCCCCACCUCCACCGCCUGGGAAGCCCCCGAAGUAUCAGUAUCUGAAAUUUGACCGCAUCCUCGCCGACGUGCCAUGCUCGGGUGAUGGGACAGCCCGGAAGAACCGCAAUGUCUGGUCAGACUGGGUGCCGGGUAAUGCGCUCGGAUUGCAUGCCACUCAGGCGCGGAUUCUUGUCCGUGCCCUGCAGAUGCUGAAAGUCGGUGGACGGGUUGUCUACUCGACCUGCAGUAUGAAUCCGAUUGAAAACGAAGCAGUGGUUGCCAGUGCCAUCGAUCGCUGUGGAGGUUUGAGCAACGUCGAGAUAGUCGAUUGCAGUGGCGAGCUGCCCGGUUUGAAACGAGUCCCGGGAUUGCGCUCAUGGAAGGUUAUGGACCGGGAAGGUCGCAUGUGGAAUAGCUGGAAGGAGGUGGAAGAGUACCGGCAAAAUAAUGGCAUUGAAGGCCUUGGCAGGCUCACGGAGGGUAUGUUUACUCCUGACGCGGAUCUACCGCUUGAGCGGUGCAUGCGCAUCUACCCUCAUCUGCAAGAUACGGGUGGAUUCUUCAUCGCGGUUCUCGAGAAGAAAUCGGAAAUUCGAGCAAAGCCGGAAGACUCGAGCAAAACCAUCCCCAAGGCGUCGGUUGCCGCUGUGGUAGAGGAGCUCAAUGACAAACAACACAACGGGACCGGGGCGCCCUUGGAGAAGAUCGACGCCCUGGACAGCAUGGUGGAGGGGGUGAAAGACGAUGGGAAGAACGAAACGGUGGCGGAGAGCACGCAUCGGCCUCCGUAUGCUAGGACGCUGAAUACCGAACCGUCGUCUGCUGGGAAGCGGUCUCCCGACCACCUCGAGGAUGAACAGCCCGCCAAGCGGACCAAGGUCGAGGAUGGGACCGAGGCCGUCGUUGGAGAUAGGCCUGCCCAUGAUCCUCCACCUCCGCUCAAGACUGAAGGCGUUGACGAGACCACUGGGGAAUCUCAACCAGAGAAGCCGCAGCCUCCUGCAACGCAGCCACAGCCUCCGCAGAAGAAGAAGCCAGGCCAACCCAUUGAAGAGCCAUUCAAGUUCAUCGAUCCUAACUUGGAGGAGCUUCAGCAAAUCUUUUCUUUCUACAACAUCUCGGAUCGGUUUCCACGAGACCGGUUCAUGGUUCGGAAUGCACAAGGUUAUCUGAGUAAGACCAUCUACUACACCACCGCUUUGGCGCGGGAUAUCCUGGUCGAGAACGAGGGACGGGGCAUCAAGUUCGUGCACAGCGGCGUGAAGAUGUUCGUGAAGCAAGAUGCACAGCGGCCCAACGUGUGCAGGUGGCGCAUCCAAACGGAUGGGCUACAGAUUAUCGAGUCCUGGGUGGGGCCGGAGCGCACCAUCACUCUCUACAAGAAAGAUACAUUGCGGAAAUUGCUGGUCGAGAUGUUUGCCAAGGCGGAUGGCGAAGGUUGGAAGCAGCUGGGGGAGAUUGGGGAGCGUGCACGAGAUAUGUCGAUGGGAUGCUGCGUUUUGAGGAUCGAACCUAGCGAUGCCGAGGAUGGGUUCCGGGAACGGAUGGUUCUUCCGCUCUGGCGGUCCCUGCACUCUAUCAACCUCAUGCUGCCAAAGGAAGACCGUCGUGCUCUGCUCCUUCGUCUGUACAACGAUGAGACACCACUCGCCAAUACCACUCAGAAGCGAGAGAAUGCUGCCAAUGCCUCGACCCCGGAGGCCUCGGCGGACGUGACGACCCCUCCGGCCAAUGAAGAUGCUGACGUUGACCCUGACGUCCCGUCUGCGGAAGUGGAGAGGGAGGUUCCCCCUCCGGCCGCUAAGACGGAGGAGGAUCUCAUCAAGGAUGAGAAUCUUGCGCUGGGUCAGAAGGAGCAGGACCGGACGGCUAAUCGGGAGACGUGGCAACGGGCAGGCGACGAGGAGGAUCGAUUUAACACUACGUUAUAA